UAUGCAUUAUAAUGCCAGCAGUAGUCAAGAAAGUCAGUUCAGGAUGAGAUGAUGGGGUGUGACAGACAGAGCAGGGAUGGUAUGGAUCUGUUCAUAGGGGGUUCAUAAGUGUACCAGGUACACUUAUGAACCACCCUAUGCUCAAACAUGGUGCAGUUAUGGACAGCCCAUGACCAGCACAGAAGUCAUGCAACAGAACACCACUUGGAUUCAGAGUGGCAGGCAUUUCCUCCCAAUCAUCCAUCGAACCCCACCCAGAGACUCCAAGAAGGCCGUGUAUUCCGAUCUGCCAUUUAGUGCACAAAUGACAGUCAGAGCCCUGGUGACGGUCCAGACUCCAGCUCCUGUGGACGUGCCAGACUGCAGCUCCCGUGGACGUUCCGGGGAAAACUCCAACACCGAGGUGCUCAGCCGGGGGCUUGAGUAUUACCCGGACACACAAACCCCUCCACCUUGUGGUGGAGCGUGGCUAUUCUUGGAGGAGGCUUCUGGGAGGAAAAUAAGGACCACCAACAGACCUCCAACAUUGUCAGACAUCGCAAGGAUGCUGCACUUCGAGGCAGAAGACAGAAGAGAUGAAGAAAGCAAACCGGAGUGUGACAGAGCCCGGUCUGAAACACUUCGGGAUAGCUUCCCAGAGAUGGAGAGAACUAAAGAAGUUAAAGUGACUGAAAGUGGACCCUCUUCUUUGAGACAGAUAAUGUGGCAUCGUGUCCUCCUCCAUGUCAGAGACCAGCUCAGCUGGUCUUUUGGAAGCUGUGACCACGGGCCACUUGAUGAGAGCAGCAGAGAUAAGCCAUGGAUGGUGUGAGGCUCUCCAUCACAUCAGGCUCAUGCAUCCAUCGUCCCUGGUAAAGGCUGGCUGAAGGAUGUGAAGAAGUUUACCAACUUUCACACUACACCACACCUGGAAUCCUUCCAGAACCACAUCCUCAUGUAUGCUGCAAAACGCUUUUCAUUCAGCUCACCAGUGUAUGAGGCGCACACCCACAGGCCUGCAGCCCUGACUCUGAUGGUGACAAUAGAGAAAUCCUUGGAAGACGGUUGAAAUCUGGGAAGAGACUUCCCAAAACAAGAACACUAAGACCUGAUGACCAAAGAAGACUUGGACAUCUUCCUGGGAUUCCUCCACCACCUACAACAGAACUAGCACAAGCACGCAUCCAACGCAGAGAAGUUUGUACACAUGCAGGCAUAUUUUUCUAGCAUCACUUACAUGACAAAUAUAAAUAUUAUAUAUCUGAUAUCUGCAGCAUAGUCUAAAUAUUGAUAAACCAGCAUGGCUGAUCAUAAAAGAUUUUACUUUUAGAGUAAAAUGUGACACAUGUAGUCACUCUAAGCUUCCUUUUGUUCCUCUGCUAACCAUCACUAUAUCUUCUCUUUCACUCUUACAGAACCUGCCUGUAUGAAAAGUGUAAAGUUGUAUCAUCAUACACCGUGGAACAGAUAUGUUAAUGAAAUGAAAAAUAAAAUACAAGACUGUUGAA